CCUCUUCUCACACGGAGAAGGUUUGAGCAUUAAUCACCACGCUUGCUCAAUGCGGGUUGGCGAUUACAAACUUAUAAUUAGAAAUUAUAAGCCCAGUUUUCAUAUGGUUUUUACUUAUGGUAGGUACGUAAUAUAAAUGUAAUACUUAGGUACAUUGUGCUUCGCGGAGAGCCUAACCGGGUUACCGGGGCUCCGGUUCGAAGCGCAUGAGAAAGAAGGGGGUGGUUUUUAAUCAGUAAGAGUCUGACACUCCCUCCCGCCUCACCCAGGCGGGUGCAGUUAAUCGAUGAUUUUUACCCCUUAAAAAAAAUAGGUACAUUGUAGGUACCCCACUUACUGGUACGCGUCGAACAAAAGUUUCCGCUGGUGGCGUAUGCAACGACACAGUUACAGCGCACACUUCAGGUUCCCAAUCUGGUUCGUCCCAGUAGUAUGACCGCGUGUGUGUAGUUUUCCGACGGCUAUCAGUCUAAAAACAAACAAAAGACCUUAAAAGUUUCAUUGUUGCCGUAACUGGAGUUAAAGUGGGACCUAUAUCGAUUCAAUGUAAAUAAAUAUUAUUAGGUAUUUUAUUGUCUAGUAAUCUUAUUUCGUCUAAAUCCUAUGUGAAAUAUAAUAACCUACUUAGGUACCUAUGUAAUGUAAAAAUAAUCGCUUACUUUACGUGACCAGCAACCUCCCAUCUUUUAUGUUUCUCACUAGUUAGCACAACGAAGCUGUAAAGCAUAAACACCUCUAAUCAGUUUGAGUAAUUUAUUUAGGUAUCAAAUCAUUACCUACGUCAUCGUAAGAAAUAAUAUUUUUCUAUUAACACACUUGCAUACUUACGUACCGAAACAAAAGAUUUUAUCUUUAGAUAAUAUUGUAUUCUAAUUUAAAUCACACGAGCAGUUUGCACAACUCGUUUCUUUGAGUUCUGAUUGUUCACUAAGUAAAAGCGAAUUUGUACUGAUGCUGCGAACUCGUUAUUGUUUUUGUACCUAAGCUAAACUAUCUAUCUAUAUCAAUUUUCUCAACAAAGUAGCAAGAAUAGCUGAGAACUGGGAUAUUUGUCUAUGGUUGUAAAAUCCCGCAUGCUUUAAUUUAAUCCAUAGACUAUUUCUUACUCGAUCUAUCAGAUCUCUGACUAGCUAGAAAUAUCUGUGCUAUCGACGACGCGAGAUGAUGAGUAAUCUGCAGUAGCUACAAGUUUUACAUACCUAUAGCAUAGUUAAUAAAUAAAGAUAGAACCAUCUCAUAGUAAAAUGGAGCUUUUGGUGGUUGAUUUAUUAGUUUUAUUUGAAGUAUAUUCCCAUGUUCUACGCGUUUCCGAACGAAAGUACCUACCUAUACUAUUAAAGGUACGUGCUGUAUAGAGCGUAUGCACACACUUGUAAUGCACUUCACUCAAGUUCACUCAGAGCAACUGAGCAAAAGCAAAGGUCAAGGUAAGCCAUUGUAAUGCUUACUUUUAUUAAUAAACAGUGUCUAUAGUGAUAGUCUGGUCAACAGAAGUUGGGAAUGAAAAUAGAGCGCGAAAUUUAAAAUGUAAUACCACUCAAAAUGAUCUAUAUACUUAAUAAGAGACGACAUUUGCUUACGUACAUAAACUUAUAUAUAGGUACAUAUCCGUCUUGUUGUUCUAGUAGUUACAUCUACGGAGCCGCGGAGAACAAGUUAUCAGGGCUCCGACUCGAAUUACAGGUGUAAAGGACAGGGUGGUUUUUAGUCAGCAAGAGUCAGACACUCCCAUUCGCCUCUAGCGGGCGGGGCGGGACAAGACUUUGGAUAAUAUUCCUCUUUAAAAAAAUGUGGUUACAUAUGUAACUGCCGACUAAGGGACCUUGACUCAAGUAGAGUAAUAUUCGUAGUUCCGAGUUUUUCGAAAGUUAUAGAAACUUCUUAGACAUUUGACGACAAACUUGUUGAGUUCAAAUGUCUGGUAAUCAAUGGCAAUGUCGAAUUGUGUUAAUAUUGACAGUUAAAUUAUAGUAACCAUGUUUCUUCUAAUAGCUUCUUUUUGUAGUUGUGAUGAACCAGAACUCAAAUCGAAUAAUAAUGAUGACACGUUUCCCAGUUCCGAUCAAAUUUGGGGUAUGAUAGGAACCAUACUGGCAACAGUUGCUUGUUGGAUUGUGUAUACAAAGGUAAGGAUCGGCAGGAAGAGGUGCCAUAACCAUCACACUAUCAUGCACAGCAAACCAAGAACAGGAAACGCACGCAGAGGACACGUUAUGUGAUAUUAUU